CUCGGCGAUCGGGAAAGCGGGACAAGAUCUCGAUCCAUGACCACGUGCGGCAAGAUUUUGAGUACCGGUACGGCAUUGGGCGUCUACGGACCUGUAUAUACUCACGGAGUGCAGUCUCGCGGCGACGCCUUCGACGACGCCAUGCCCAUCGACGGACACGCAUACCUCGUCAAUCAAGGAUGGGGAGGCAAGGGCACGGGCCUGCGUCAAGGUGCCAUCUCGCGGCCAGUAGCAGUCACCCAGAAGAAAUCACUCGCGGGAGUGGGCAAGGAUCGCGACGAGGCGUUUCCCUUCUGGGACCACGUCUUUGAGGCGGCGGCCAUGAGCAUUCAGGUCAAGAUCCAGAAUGACGAUGAUGAUUCUGAUAGUGAAGACACUUCUACACCCACCUUCGAGCUUCAACGUACUAAGACAGGAAUCAUCUCGAAUCGUCGCCCAAAGACAGGCAUGCCCGCCCUCCCCGGGACCGCCACCCCAGACUCGCAGGCCAGCGGGAGCGGUAGCGUCACGCCACGACUGAGCGUCAUGGCAGCUGCAAAGCAGGAGGCUGCGAAACGCAUACUCUAUGCGAACUUCUUUCGUGGACCUGUCCUUGGCCCCAACGAGCCUUUGGAGGUCGCCCAGUCGGAGAGCCAGACCCCACCUAUCACCACUACCCAGUCUGCGCAGGAUCGCGAGACGAGUCCCGUUCCUACAAGGAAGAGCAGAAAGGGGAAGGAGCGCGCUGUUGAUCCCUCGCCGGACGUGGAGUCCGCCGCUCAGCCAAAGAAGCAGAAGAAGCGGUCUGCGCUCGAUGAUGAUGAUGCUAGUGAGACGAAGAAGGAAAAGAAAAGGCGGAAACGAGAGGCGAAGGAGUUAAUUGCAAACGAGGAAGUAGAGGCGGAAGGAGGGAAGAAGAAUCGGAGAGCGGAGAAAGCAUCAACACCUGCGGAGGGUGCGGAGGGAGCAGAGGAUGGGGAUAGGAACCGCGAGAGCGAGGAGCGGAAGAGGCGGAAGGCAGAGAGGCGAGCUGCGAAGGAGGGACGCCGGAGGCUCAAGCAACAACGGAAGGAGGCUGAGGUUGUACCAGAAGGUCUCAGUAGGGAGCCUGCGGAUGAGUCGGAAGCAGCGGGGGCGGCCGAAGACGCGUCCCGCAAGCGCAAGAAAGACAAAACACAUCAAGAGGGACGGGACAAAAAGAAACAACGAAGGACUUCAUCUUCAUAACGACCCCAUUAGGUAUCAUCCACGUAUGUACUUCUACACGAUGGUGCUAUGGUACUGUGUUCCGUCCGGCAGCGUCAUAUUGGUACAUCACAUAUGCAACAGCGGAGUGCUACUAUUUGCAAGACGGACUAUUAGACAUACAAGCAUUUCCUUCGACAUGGCAGAGUACAUAGGGAGUGGACAGUGACCAGCAAC